AUGCCAAAGCAACCGGUACUAGGUCGACAACGCCGCACCAACCCCUUCAUCUGGUGCUUCGCCGUUAUCUGCUCACUCAUCGCCACCUCCGUAAUCAUCGCCGGAAUAGUUGUAUUUUCAGGAUACCUUGUGAUCCGACCAAAAAUGCCGCUCCUCUCCGUCCGUGCAUCUCGUCUGGAUCAUCUUUACUAUGAUCGAACAGGUGUUAUGGCUGUACGAUUAACGAUCCUCAUCCGUGCAGAGAACCAUAACCAGAAAGCACAUGCGACCUUCUAUGACACCAGAUUGUUACUCGGUUACCACGGGCAGAACAUCGCGCGACUGGUGGCGAAUCCGUUCGACGUUGGGAAGAAUGCGACGAGGGAGUUGAAUUAUGUGGUGGAGUCGUCGCCGAUUCCGUUGCCGCCGGAGGAACAGUAUUUGACACAGCAAUCGUUGAGUAAAAGUAAGUUGAUGUUGUUCUUCUUGAAAGGGAGUUCGAGGACGAUGUGGAGAGUUGGCCCGUUGGGAUCUGUCAAGUUCUGGCUGCAUAUGGACUGUGAGCUCCUGUUGCCCGUCAAUGGCAGCGUGGUAAACUCCCAUUGUAGCACAAAAUCACAUUGA